GUUUACCUGAGAUGUUUAUUAUAUUAUGGCGCAGUUUACAGAAAAAAAUUGCUGCGAUUUUUUAACCAGAAAAGAUCAGCAAGACCUCUAUGAACUACUAGGAUGUGACGAGCUAAAUAGUAAAGAACAAAUUAAUGCGGAAUUUAAGAGAAAAGCUUUACAGUUUCACCCGGACAAGAACAGAAACAAAGAAGAUGGCAAUGAAGACGAAGCUCAUCAAAUGUUUGAAAGGUUAAAGAAGGCUCGUGAUAUCCUAUGCGAUGAUAGCAACAGGAGACAGUAUGAUUACUGGAGGAGAAUUGGUCUUCAAGAUUAUGUAACGUUUGAUGAAUGGAUGGAAAAGAGUUCUCAUAUGCAGGCCUCCAUUCACUGGGCACCGAAAGCACCAAAGAAGUACAUGCUAGCAGAUACGGAACAUGCCCAUACCCUGUGCAAAGAAAACACUAAAGACCAAGAUGAGAGCAACAACACUUCAAGGUUCUUCAGGAAAUAUUCACCUUAUGCCAGAACCGGUUGGGGACCCAAGAGCCACUUGAUUAGAAAGUUCCAAAAUUAUGAGAUUUAGAAUAUAUUUGCAGUAUGCAAGGCAUCCAUUCCAGUGUAUAUAAAUAGACAGUUCUAUACAUAUUCAUAACAUAACAUCAGUAUUUUCAUAUGAGAAGUAAUAGCAGUAGAAUUUGAAGAUUAAAAAAAAAUAAAACUACUAAACUAU